AUUAGGUAAUUUCCUCCCCGGCUAGGCUACAAUGGAGAAUUGAAACCAAAUUUAGGCCAUUCAUACUUGAAAUUAUAUUUUAAAUAAAUUCAGAGAAAUAUAUUGUCCUAAAGUUGUGUCAUAGUUCACUGGGUUACCUGCAAUAGUAUCUUUAAUCAGAUCGUAAGGGACAGAAACAUUUGAAACAUGUCUAAAGAAGAAUUUCAACCAGCAGCAGUACAGCCCCCCUCUGACACGAGCAUGGAUAAAAAUGAAGUGCAGAAGACCAACCCUGCAAAGACGCCAAUACAAAUCCUGCAUGAAUAUGGCACCAAAAGUGGGAACCUCCCUGUGUACGUGAUGGAGAAGGCUGAAGGAGAGGCUCACCAGCCCAGCUUUGUCUUCAGCGUGAAAAUCGCUGAUGUCAGCUGCACAGGUCAGGGUCCAAGUAAAAAGGCUGCCAAACACCAGGCUGCCGAGGCUGCACUGAAGAUCCUGGACAUAGACGCUGGAGCAGUGAACAUUCCUGUGAAGUCAGAGAGUAAUGGAGUGGCAGCAGAAACAAACAACCAUCCUAACUCUGUUGGGGUUCUGCAGGAGUUAGCUUUGCAGAGAGGAUGGCGUCUUCCUGAUUACACAGUUUUAAAGGAGGCAGGCCCUCCACACAAGAGAGAAUUCACAGUUACCUGUCGAAUAGAGUCCCUGACAGAGAAAGCUGUUGGAAAUUCAAAAAAGUCAGCAAAGAAGGCUGCUGCGGAGAAAAUGGUGGCAAAGCUUCAAAGUCUGUCAGGCUGUUCUGAAAUCACAUGGACUCCUAAACCUAAUGUCCGAUUUGAGAACUUGAGAAAUUCACAAGCAGAGAAGAUAACGUUGCUGAGGAGAAACCCGCUGAGCAUUCCUAACACAGAUUACAUUCAGAUGAUGCUGGAGUUGUCCAAAGAGCAGGGCUUCGAGGUCACAUACUUCGACAUCGAUGAGCUGACGGUGAACGGCCAGUACCAGUGCUUGGCGGAGCUGUCCACCUCCCCGGUCACCGUGUGUCAUGGCACAGGUAUUUCCUGCAGCAAUGCCCACAACGACGCAGCACACAGCGCACUCCAGUACAUCAAGAUCAUGGCCUCCAUCAAGUAAACGCCACCACAGUCGACAUGUGCUGCACCUGUACUGUCACAUUAACAAACUGACAUCCAAUCAGGCAAGGAUUUAGUUACUCUUCCCUCUUGUCUUCAUCUGCGUGGACAAAAUAAGGUUAAGGUAUAUUUUUAUAAUAAUGUACAUCAUAAAGCAGAUCUUACUCUAAAACAACACAUUGACUUAAACCAGGCAGUUUUAAAGCAGUAGCUGCAAAGUUUCCAGGUUGUACCAUCAUGUUUUAUUUAAUUAAAAUUAAAUUCAUACAGUUUCAAAUUAUGAUCCACUUCCAUUUUAUAAGCUUAGUUUGAGUUUUUUCUGCUUUCUUGUAUUUUUUGUUUUUUAUAUCAGGAUGGCUUUAAGGUUCCUGUUGACUUAUUAUUUUUUUUUAUUCCACAUGUUUAUUUCUUUCAGAAUGAAGUGUAUAUGUAUGAGCUGAUCUUAAACUUUUAAUUUACUUCACAGAUAUUUUCCUUUCUUAAACUGAACAAAAAAAGUCAGAUGAAAUUGAGCUAGAAAGGAAAGUGAGAUUAUUUUUAAUAUUUAUUUUUCCUACUUCCACUCCUCCACCAGCCAUUAUGCAAUCCAUACUUCAACCCCUGCUGACUUUAUCUGCUGGACUCUGAAAAUAGAUAAAACGUGCUUCUUCAUAUUCUGACGCCCUGUUGCCAUGUUUUGCAGUGUGCCUCAUAGCAGCGUGUGAUAAAUUUAAUAAAUAAAAACUUGUAGGUCGCUGUGCUCUGCUGUGUGAACUGAACCCCUGUGGAGAGCAGCAACAUUAAAAUAAACCAUGACACUAAAUGCUAA